AUGUGUGCAAUGUCGACAUUCCAUGCAGACUCCGCAGAAACCACAGUGUCGGAUCACCAGGACACCGAGCAUCCCGUCGUGGUGAAGCACACCUUCUUGGAUGUCCGAGAAGGCGAAAGCUUGGACGAGCAAUGCAGGCGAAUGCGACGAGCAUACUCCGAUCCAGCUUUCCUCAAAUACACCGGAGGGGCGGUGUACAAUCCUGGUCAGUUCAGUGAUGAGCAAGAUCAGGAAACGCAAAGUCUGCACCGAAGCCAGACGGAUCACGCUGCUGCGGAGACAAGCAGUGACUGCCCAGAGUCGGCACCGGCGACCGUCAGCGACACCACCAAGGCCGAUGGCCGCACGACAAUGAUGCUGAGGAAUCUUCCGAACAACUAUACGAGGCGAAUGCUUCUUGAACUCCUGGAUUCCCACGGCUUCAGCGCCAAGUACGACUUUGUCUACCUGCCUUGCGAUUUUGCUCGCAAGUCCAACCUCGGCUAUGCCUUUGUGAACCUGGCGAAUGCAGACAUUGUGGAAGCCUUCCGUAGCGCCUUCGAUGGCUUCGUAGACUGGGAGCUGCCGACAGCUAAGGUCUGCCGCGUUGGCUUCAGCGGCCCACACCAGGGCCUGACUGCACAUAUUGGCCGCUACCGGAACAGUCCCGUGAUGCACAAGAGUGUUCCAGACGAGUACAAGCCCAUCAUCCUUAGCAACGGAGUGCGCCAGCGCUUUCCUGCGCCAACUCGCAAGAUCAAGCGCCCGGCUUUGGGCAGAUGA